AUGACGAAAAUCGAGGUUCAAAAAGCUAAGGAUGUCCUCAUCCCGAUGGAUAAUACCAAUUUGGCCAAUCCAGGACUUGAGAAACAACUUGCUCCAAAUGCCAAAAAUGAAUGGGAUUCCAAUCCCAAUGCCUCCAAAUGGCUGAUAUUCAAUACGAUCGCAGUUCUGAUGAGUAUCGUCAUCUGGUUCAUCUCCCUGGAGGAAACCAGCAAGUCGCAAAACCAACCAACAUUUCCAAAUAAAAAAAUUUCAGAUGUUCUUCGGACAAUUGUCCUCGGCUGUAUCAUCGGAUCGAUUUCAAUUGAUUACAACCUCUACGCUUGCAAACACCCCAAUCAUCUGCUUUCGUACAUCAUCUUGUUCGGAGCAAUUCUCUUUAUCGAUGGCUACGAACAUUUGCGAGUGGAACUGUUGGAGAUCGGUCACAUUAUGUUUUUUGCUGGCGGAGCAGUCGAAAUUGGGUUGUCAUGGACUGGCGCCUAUGCUGCCAACUUCAAAAAAACCCCAGAAAGUCGAUAUCGUGCAACAAUUGGUGCUGUUAUCGGUUCGAUCAUCGGAAUCGUUGUCUUCGGGUUGGUGUCCCGCGCUGUGCUGAUUCAUCGAAUGGAGAAUCACCCAGCACAUUUGUAUCCAAUUGAAUCAAUUCAUGCGAUCCCAACAAGCAUGCCAUAA